GCGCAGGCGCAGAGGGCGCGAGCCUACAGACGCCAAGCUCCUAGGAGGCACGGAGUAAGGGCCGUCGCCAUCUGACCCUAACCUCGUCCGGUUGCUUCCGCUGGCCCGGGUCCAGCCUCGGUGGCUAGAGCGUCGCGGGACGUUGGGCGCGCGCUGCGGACAGCCCCAGAGCCCGCCGCUCGCGCCUGACGCCUCAAGGUAAAGCGAGGCCUGAAGCCCACUCUAGUGUCCCCUAAUGCCGGGUUUAGGAGAGGAGGGUAUCUUGCAGACAAGCAGCCAGAUACUUAUGUUUUGGCCCACACAGGUUUGGGGGAGGAUGAACUAGUCGCUAGUAUUAAGACUAAAAACCGUAAAUUUAAAAGGGGAAAAAAAAAGCUUCACAACGUGUGUACAAAAGUCACCUGGCAGUACUGGACCCAGAAUCCUGUUGAUGUCAAACACUUAGAGCUGUCCAUUUCAGCCCUUGUCUCUGCAUCGAAAUGGCUGAAGUCUACAGGGUUGAAACAUCCCUCUGAUAUGCUCAGAGCUACACUUCUUCCCAGGCUGCUGUGACAACUUGGUGACUCCACCAUGUCCAGGCUCCAGGUCCAGGAGCAGGCAGUGGAUUCCGAGGGAGACUCAUCCCUAUACAGGAGAGAUGAGGAGGGGACACAGAGCUCCCACCGCAUGCUGGGCUUUAGUGAUGCCUUACUAUCCAUCAUCGCCACUGUCAUGAUCCUGCCUGUGACCCACACAGAGAUCUCACCAGAACAGCAGUUUGACAAAAGUAUACAGAAACUUCUAGCAACUAGGAUUGCUGUCUACCUCAUGACAUUUCUAAUCGUAACUGUGGCCUGGGCAGCACAUACCAGAUUGUUCCAGGUUGUUGGAAAAAUAGAUGAUACACUUGCCUUGCUCAACCUGGCCUGUAUGAUGACCAUCACCCUUCUGCCCUACACAUUUUCGCUAAUGGUAACAUUCCCUGAUGUGCCCCUGGGCAUCUUCCUGUUCUGCAUGUGUGUGAUUGCCAUUGGAUCUGUGCAGGCAAUGAUCGUGGGUUAUGCCUUCCACUUCCCACAUCUGCUGAAUCCACAAAUCCAGUGCUCUACACAUAGGGCCCUGUCCCGGCGGCACAUUCUGCACCUAGUCCUCCGUGGCCCAGCACUCUGUUUUGUUGCAGCUGUCUUUUCCCUCUUCUUCUUCCCCUUGUCAUACCUGCUGAUGGUGACUGUCAUCUUCCUCCCUCACAUCAGCAAGGCUACCACCUGGUGUAAAGACAAGUUUAUGGGCCACAGGGAGUCUCCAGCUCACAAUGUAGAGCCCUUCAGUAUUGACCUGCAUGCGCCCCUCAGCAAAGAACGGGUGGAAGCUUUCAGUGACGGUGUCUAUGCCAUUGUGGCCACACUCCUCAUCUUGGACAUCUGUGAGGACAAUGUUCCGGAUCCCAAGGAUGUGCAACAGAAGUUCAGUGGCAGCCUUGUGGCUGCCCUGGGUGCAUAUGGGCCACAGUUCCUGGCAUACUUCGGCUCCUUCGCCACAGUGGGUCUGCUCUGGUUUGCCCACCACUCACUCUUCCUGCAUGUCCGGAAGGCUACACAGACCAUGGGGUUGUUCAACAUACUGUCACUGGCCUUUGUGGGGGGCCUCCCUCUGGCCUACCAGCAGACCUCGGCGUUUGCCCGGCAACCCCGUGAUGAACUUGAGCGUGUGCGUGUCAGCUGUGCCAUCAUCUUCUUUGCCAGCAUCUUCCAGUUUGCCAUCUGGACUACAGCCCUGCUGCACCAGAGAGAAACACUGCAGCCAGCUGUGCAGUUUGGUGGGCAGGAACAUGCUUUCAUGUUUGCCAAGCUCGCACUGUACCCCUGUGCCAGCCUGCUGGCCUUUGCCGCCACCUGCCUACUGAGUCGGUUCAGCACAGCCAUCUUCCACCUCAUGCAGAUUGCAGUGCCCUUUGCGUUCCUGUUGCUCCGGCUCCUGGUACGCCUUGCCCUGGCAGGCCUUCAAGUCCUAUGGGACCUCUGGCCAGAGCGUCCCCAACAAGACCAGGGUGAACCCGAGACACAGUCCCAGCUCUUGCCUGCCUCCUGCUAAUGCCAAGAAAGCCACUCCUGCCUAUCGUAGUCAUACUGCAAAGGGUCUUGUGGAGAUGUCUUAGUACAAGUUUAUCGCGACACUGGAGUUGUGGAUAUAUUGGCCCGAGUAUUGUUUACACUGUGAAAUAUCAAUAUCUAUUUCAAAACUA